AUGGUGCGAAUUGCGGCGAGCUGGCUCUUGGUGGCCUUAGGCAGCGCGGCCGGGCAGUUCAGGGACGAUGCGAGCUGCAGCGAUCACGUCAUCGACUCCUGCGGCACAGAUUUCCUCGUUUUCUCCAAGGCCUCGCAGCUCCCCGACACCCCGGAGAAACUGGCCGCCAGCUGCACUGAAGAGCUGAAAAGCCUGAGCUGCGCCAAGGACUACGCCAGUCGCUGCCUCUUGGGGUUCACCCGUGGCGCCGCCCUGGUGGCUAUCAACGCCGUUCAGGAGGAGGUCGAAGGCAAAUGCGACUCGACCCACAUCUUGCACAGACGGUACUUCGAGCACGUGGGCUGCAUGAACAAGGCCGGCCCCGGCAUCCACGCCUGCGUGCGACGCUUCCAGGAAGCCCUCUUCAUCGCGGCGUCCAAGGCGCCGCGCAAGGUCAAGGUCCCUCACGCCUGCUGUGAGUACUCGGAGUUCUACGAGUGCACAGAGCGGAGUCUACGGGACAACUGCGGGGACCCCAAGACCAUCGAGCACGUCCAGGACACGGUGUCCAACGUGGUCGGGGACCUGCUGAGUAUCGUCUGCGGACGUUACCAGCGGGGCUCGGCAGACUGCCUGGCACUCGGCAAGCUGCCGCCGCUGCCGGCCAACCAGACUGUGCCCAGGAACCUGAUCUCGCCGCUCAAGGCCAUAGUGCGCUCUCUCGGAUGA